GAUGAACAGCAGACUAGAAGGGACCCUUCAUUGCUCGGCCAGCGGAAGAGCAGGUUGCAUCGGAGCCGUCAAGUGGAUGAUCCGAUUUGCAUGCGCAAGGGCCAAGGGAACUCGGUCGACUCGGUGUUGCUGGGCGGACCGUCGCGCGAUUUUGAAGCAGCGGAGACCCAGCUGCACAUGUAUCCAGGGGAAUGAGCCCGUCGCUCGCGGAUGGCAUCCUCUGAACAGGGAAGGGGGUUGUCGAGCGGAACGCGAGAGGAGGUUCUUGCAGCCUUUCGCGGUAUAUGGUCAAGCAGGAUUGAUCUGAUCGAUCUGAUGGCAUGUGACAACACUGCCAAAGGAUGAUGUCAUUCAAUUUCUAGACGUGUCCUCUCACAACUUGAACCACCAUCGAACACUCUCAGCGACAUCCCAUCUCUCCAUUGUUGGAAGUUUGGAUUGGUUCCGCCAGAUGCCGUCCUAGUUCUAUCUGUGGGACUCGAGAACCAGAGCCGUACCUUUGCGACUUCACCCAUUGUUCGUCCCGGAUAUCACACACAGGAGUGUUCCGAAGACUCGGGGGAAAAUCCGGACAUGCACC